AUGGGUUGCGGAAGCUCUGUGCAGCAAGUGAAGUACGACCCGUGGGAUGCGUACGAUUGGGACUCGUUGCCGCAAGGAUACAAGCAGCAUUGGGAGGUUCUCGGCUUUAACCGAGCAAGUUGGAACGGAAACAUUCCUGAGCCUCGAACUCUCUCCACGGCAUGGUCUCAACUCUCCCCGGCUGAGAGGAACUCUGCGACCGCUCUAGGCUACAACCAGCGAAUGUGGGACAAUGGCGAGGAAUUAACCAUGCUUCCUCCCCCUCCAGCAUCUCAGCAGAAGCAGCAGCAGCAGCAGCAGCAGCAGCAGCAGCAGUAUCCCCAGCAGUAUCCCCAGCAGUAUCCUCCGCAGCAGGUUCAGAACGCCAAGUUCUGUCAAAAGUGUGGCGCUCAGGCGAGCAUGGCUCAGAACUUCUGCAACUCGUGCGGACAGCAGCUGGGCAUGGCUGCUCCUAUGGCGAACAAUGGAGGAGGAGCUCCUCCUGGUUACGUGCCGACAGGAUACAUGAUGCCGAAUGCGAAGCCGAACCCUGGGUACAAUCAGAAUAUGCCGAAUGCUGGGAUGUACAACAAUCAGUACGUUCCACAGCAGCAGCAGCAGCAAAUGAUGGGUCGACCUGCCGGACGGAUGGGGAUGGGCGGGAUGGGCGGGAUGGGCGGGAUGGGCAGGAUGGCAGGAGCAGGGCUGGCAGGAGGAGCAGCAGGGUACAUGCUGGGGGAUGGUUCCAUGUCAGGUGUGCUGGCAGAGGGAGCAGAGUUAAUGCAGGACGGUUACGAGGCCGUAGCGGACGGCAUGGAAGAAGUAGGAGGAUACAUGGGAGACGCGUUCGAGGCAGUGCAGUCUGCGGACUACGGUGGCAUGAUGGAGUCAGCAGGGGACGCGAUGGAAGACUUCGGAGAGUCGGCAGGAGGAUUCUUCGAGGAUGCGGUGGGGGCGAUAGGAGACUUCUUUUAA